CUCUCUCUCUCUCUCUCUCUCUCUCUCUCACCUUCUUCACACCCCAAACACAAACACAUGGCUCAAGAUCAUGAUCUCCACCGCCAAAAUCAGCCGCUGGUGAGGCGCGGUUUUCCUCUCCGCCGCAGCCGGAAACUGCCCGUUGCCCGCCUCGGCGGACCGAAGCCGAAGCGGGGACUUGUGUUUGUUAAAAUGCUCAAGAGGAUCAGGAUGAGGUGGCUGAAGCUUCAGUACUUGUGCAUGUUGAAGAAGCUCAAGGAGUCUUACAAGAACAUGAUGAAGGACCUAAUGGAAGCUGGCGCGAGCUUGGAGACCUUCCACCAGAGGAUUUUCAUGGAGACUUCUUUCGCCAUCCCACUGGGAGUUUCUCUUUCCAGCUACCCUUCUGUUGCUGGAUCAGAUCGGCCUCGAACCCUUUUCAUGUAGAAGAAGUACUUGUUCUCUUUGUCAAAUCUCAUCAACUUUGAAUCUCUUGAAAAUUAAAAAAAAAAAAAAAAAAAUGUCACCCUUUUGCUGUUUCGUUUUGUACGUUAUGAAAAAUAUUUUAUUUUAUUCUCUCUCUCUUUCUCUCUCCGUGUAAAGGAAAUGAACAAUUUAUUUCCUGGAAAUGUAGAUUCAUAUAAAGUUUGAUGGUUGCAGGCUUUUGUAGGAUUUGUUAUUGUGGGAAUUAUAUUGUACGGGAAAAGAAAGGAGAUGACUUAAUUAAGUCUCAAAAUCUUAGUUUGAGGUUUGGAGUA